AUGGGGAAGGCAAAAGAAAAAGCGCCUGCACAGCGGUUAUCGCUCCCCCAACCCCCCCAGCUUGAUUCACGCAGCUCAGAUUAUUCACAGUCUCCCCCAGAAGAAGAUUCUCCAAUUGACGAGUCGCUAUUUCAGGAUACUACAGAUGUCCUAGAAGAUGGACGUGUUUCCGUCAACCUGGAUUCUAAAUUGGCACAUGUUUUUGCGAAACUCAUAGAAGCAUCCGACGACAUUGAACCCGUGGUCGAGCCCCCUCCAGCCUACGAGAUAGAGGACAGUAUAGCUCCUGAAAAGUGGGAGCUGCCUCUCAGCAUCGUAAUCCAGGUCGUCGGGAGUCGUGGGGAUGUCCAGCCUUUUGUCGCCUUAGGACAGGAGCUACGGUCCUAUGGGCAUCGAGUUCGGGUAGCUACCCACGGCGUAUUCAAAGACUUUGUCCGGAGCGCCGGCCUGGAAUUUUUUCCAAUUGGAGGGGAUCCAGCCGAGUUGAUGGCGUAUAUGGUCAAGAAUCCGGGGCUCAUACCGAGUAUGAAGACUCUUCGAGAAGGCGAUAUCGGCCGAAAGCGUGAGAUGAUAAGGGAUAUAUUGGAGGGCUGCUGGGAGUCGUGCAUAACGCCAGAUCCUGACACAGAGGAGCCGUUUGUCGCCAAUGCAAUCAUUGCCAACCCCCCUAGUUUCGCGCAUGUUCACUGUGCAGAAGCUCUGGGUAUUCCUCUCCACAUCAUAUUUACCAUGCCUUGGACUCCAACUCGAGCCUACUCUCAUCCUUUGGCCAAUGUCCGAAAUAACACUACUGAUCCGAGGAUGGCAAAUUAUGUCUCCUAUGCCAUGGUACAACUCCUGACUUGGAACGGUAUCGGUGAUGUUGUGCAGAAGUGGAGGCGGUCAAUCGAUCUUGAACACCUUCCAACUUCUGAAGCUCCUUUCAUUAUGGAAUCCCUGCAGAUUCCGCAUACGUAUUGUUGGUCCCCGGCCCUAGUCCCGAAGCCCCAGGAUUGGGGCAAGCACAUUGACGUGUGCGGGUUUUUGUUUCGCGAUGUGCCGUCCUACGAUCCGCCACAGGAGCUCGACGAUUUCUUGAAGGCUGGUGCACCACCUGUCUAUAUCGGCUUCGGCAGUAUUGUCGUCGAUGAUCCUGAGGCUCUCAUCAAAACAGUGCUGGAGGCUGUCAAGAAGUCUGGCGUGCGUGCAAUUGUUUCGAAGGGAUGGAGUAACUUGGGAAGUGCUGGAAGUGAUGAGAAUAUUUAUUUCAUUGGCGAUUGCCCUCAUGAAUGGCUUUUUCAACAGGUAGCAGCAGUGGUACAUCAUGGAGGUGCAGGCACUACCGCUUGUGGCCUAUUGAACGGCCGUCCAACGACUGUUGUACCAUUCUUUGGAGAUCAACCUUUCUGGGGCAAGAUGGUUGCGACAGCGAAAGCAGGUCCAGAUCCAAUUCCUUACAAGAAGUUGAACAGCACAAAUCUUUGUGAUGCGAUCUUGUACUGCCUUACCGAAGUGGCCCAAGAAGCAGCUGCUGUUGUAGCUGACAAGAUGCGCCUUGAACGUGGUGUCAAGACAGCAAUCGCAUCGUUUCAUCGCAAUCUACCGGUGGAAAAUAUGGGCUGCGAUUUGAUACCCUCCCUCCCUGCAACCUGGAGCUAUACCAAGUCCAAGAGGCCCAUCAAAUUGUCAGGUGCAGCAGCCGAAAUCCUUCUUCAGUCGCAUAAACUCAAGUCUAGCGACUUGAUCUGGUACAAGCCGAAGCCUAUCUACGUGCAGAAUCGCCGAUGGGACGUGGUCAGUGGCACGGUCUCAUCAGGCCUCGGGCUCAAUUACGAUCUCCUUGCAGCUUUGAGCGGGAUCUACAGAAAUCCACGUGAGAUGUACAAACUCAAAGAGAGGCAGCGCGCAAGGGCUGUCUCGACAUCAGGCGCUUCAGGUUCCAACGUCGGCCUGGAAGACGAAAAUUCAGAUCUCACAUCCUUGGAAGUGGCUAAGAUGGUCGGGGCAUCUGCGAAAGGCAUUGCACAGUUUACUGGGGUCGGAGUUCGAGGCCUUCUCGCCGACGUUCCAGUGGCAGUCGCUGAAGGGCUGAGAAACACACCUAAGCUCUAUGGCGAAAUGGUUACCGACCAUGCCCCUGUGACGGAUUGGAAAAGCGGAAUAUCAGUCGCUGGUAGCAACUUUGCGCAUCAAAUGGCCGAAGGCUUAUCUGAUCUCAUUGUGCAACCUACAAAAGGACUCAAACAAGAGGGCGUCAUUGGAUUCGGUAAAGGCAUAGCAAAAGGAGCAGUGCAGACUCUGACGAAGCCCGGCUCAGGUAUGCCGGACUUGGAAUCCCUUCGUGCCCCCAAACUAUACUAA